AUGGAGGAAUGUGAAUUUAAAGAGCAUUUUCGAGUAAAUCGUAACACAUUUAAUUUCCUAGUUAAUGAAUUGCAUCCACAUUUAGGCAAAACUACCACAACUAUGCGAGAACCUAUUUCAGUAGUAAAACGUGUUGCAGUUGCAUUACAUUAUCUAGCUUCAUGUGAAGAGUAUCAUGUUGUGUCUAGCCUUUUUGGCAUAGGAAAGUCAACAGCAAAUUUAAUUGUUCAUAAAUUUAUUAAUGCUGUUAAUGACAUUUUGCUCCCUAUAUAUGUUAAAUUUCCAUUGUCAGUGGAAAAUUUAAAUAAACAUAGUAGAGAUUUCGAAGCUAUUCUUGGUUUUCCACAAUGCGUUGGAGCUGUUGAUGGAUGCCACAUCCCUAUUUCAGCCCCUAAAGAUCAAGCAAUUUCUUAUUAUAAUUAUAAAAGGUGGUAUUCCAUUGUACUUUUUGCCGUUGUAGACUGUCGAUACCGUUUCAUUUAUACAAGUGUUGGAUCGCCUGGUAGAAAUAAUGACAGCUAUAUUUUGCAGAAUUCUUCUUUGAAAGCAAUUUUAGAAUCAAAACUAUUUGAUAAAUGUUGUAAAGAGCUGGGCGAUUCUUUUGUUCUGCUAUGUUUCAUAGGUGAUAGCGUCAUUUGUUAA